AUGGAGUACUCUGAGCUGGUCCUCUUUGCGCACCCCUCAGAAGGCGGUAGGACCCAGGCCAACGGUGUUAAGAGCAUCAAGGACCUGAGGCCCUGCAGCAGUGCCGAGGUCACCGCCGACCUCGUGGCCAAGAGCCCGCUGGCCAACAGCUUCGCCAGCCUGAGAGGACUGAAGGAGGGCGCAGAGAAGGAGGUUCCACCGACCCCUCAGCGCGCCAGCCGCCAGGCCCCAAAGGGAGGGCCGCCACAGAACCCCAAGGCCGCCAAGAGCAUUGAGUCCAAGGCCAAGGCUCCCAAGGCUAAGGGCAAGAGCACCCCCACCACACCCGCCAGCAGUGCUACGUCGAAACCCGACGCUGCGCCCUCCAAGGAGGUGGCGCCGGCAGGCAAGGGAGCCUCCAGCGGCCACAUCAAGGUCCUCAUCAGGGCCACAUCCGCACCUGUCACCCCCAAGCCUGCACCCAGCAGCAGCAACUGCACCCCGGCAGACACCGACCCUCUUCGCCGGUUGUCAGUAGCGUCGUGGGGCAGCGCCUCGUACGCUGAUGUGCUGAUGACCAGGGGGCCCUCGGCGGUCAUGGCAGCAGUGCCAGAGGAGCUGGCCGGGGCCGAGGGCGGUGGCUGCCUGGGCGCGAGCGCGGGAGAGGGCGACGGCACGGGCGGGCAUGCAACGGACGCAGGCACAGCAUGCAAGGAGACCAAGGGUCCCGCGUGCGAUGGCAAGCAGGCGUUGGCGGGCAGCCAGGCCCAGGGCAAGGUGAAGUCCAAGGUCAAGGGCAAGAAGGCUGGCCCCCAGGCUGGCAGCGGCAACAGGGGCAAUGGGCACAACAGCGACAAGGCUCAGAAGGGCGAGAAGGGCAAGAAGAAGGGCACCCCCCAGGCUCCCUCCAGCGCCGCCAAGGGCAGCGGCGCCGCAUCAACCAUGGUCGAGGCGCCCGCUGGCAAAGAGGUACCCAGCACAAAGGAGGCAACAAGCAGCGGCGAGGACCAGCCCGCUGCUUUCGGCAAGGUCGCCAGCGCCGCCGGGGCCUGCCGGGUGGUGGGAGGCAGGAGGACGGCAACCCACAAGGCGGCCUGCACCAAGGACGCCGCCGCCAAGAAGCCACAGACUACCCGGGCCACGGCCGCCGCCACCAGCAGCAAGGGCGCCCCUGCCGCCAAGGGCGCGCUGGUUGCCUCCAAGGUGGUGGGCAGCGCGGAGGGCGAGCCCGCGGCUGCGUUGGAGGGCGGCGCGGGCAGCCAGGGCGGCGAGGGUGGGGGCGUGGUCGUGGUGGCGGCGCAGGACAGGGAGGGGGAGGAGCGCGGCGAGAGCGUGGGCGUGCCAGCGAGGGGCAACGGAGUGGCCGGCGCGGUCAGCACGGCGGCCAGCUGCGACGGGAAUGCAGACGCCGCAGCACUGGCUGAAUGCCUAGGGUGCGGCGAGGGGCGAGACAGCGAGAAGGGCGUCGCGGUGCCGGCGCCAGAGCGCUAUGAGAGCAGGACAGGCAGCAACUCGGACGACGGGGUGCCAGACUCAGGGAUUGAGACGAGGGUGGUCAGUGCUGGGGCCACGGCGAGUGGCAGCGGUGGUGUCGCGAGCGCUGUUGUGCUUGCAGAGCGCGAGCAGUGCGGCGUGGCACAGGAGGCUGGCAGCGUCACGGUGGGGGAGCAGGGGCCCCACGCCGCAGGCAGCAGCGCUGCUCAGCAGGCGGCGCCGGCGGGGUGCUCUGCAGGGGCGGUGGACUGGUUUGACGCGUGGCUGCCGCUGUCCCAAGGCCGGCCGGCCCUCACCGUCAACCAGGCCACCCGGCAGGCCGAGGCGUUCAAGGCGCAGCGGGAUGAGUCGCGGCGGCUGUUUGCGCUGGAGCGGGGCAGGCACGCGGCGUGCAAGGAGGCAGCGGAGCAGCAGCAGCGGGAGGACGCCGCCACAAUAGAGGAGCUGUGGCGCAGCGUCGAGGCCGCCAGGGCGGAGGCGGAGCGCGAGAAGGCGCGCUGCAACACGCUGCCCUCGGCGCGCCGCGCAGCGGCUGCACAUGAGCGUGCCGCCCGCCUGGCUGCGCAGGCGGCCCACGCGGACGAGGUGCAGGGCGAGCGCCGGCGGGCGGCCGCUGCGGAGGAGCGCGCCAGCGCGGCGGAGGCGACGGUGGCGGAGCUGGUGGCACAGCUGGCGGCGGCGCAGCAGGACGCGCAGGCUGAGCGCGAGGCCAGGCGGGCUGCUGAUGCCGCGGCGUGCGAGGUGCGCAGCUUUUCAGCGCAGCGGGAGGAGGUGCGUGCGGCGGAGCUGAUGAGGCGUGUGAGGGACGGGGUUGCGGCGGAGGCGGAGGCGUCGCAGCAAGAGCAGGCGCCUAUGGCGGCGCAGAUCAGCAGGAUUGACAGUUCAACCCAACACACAGCUGCUCCACAGGUGCAGCCGACAAUGGGGGGGCGUUUGCGGGGGGUGUCAGUCGGCCCCAUGGGGCCGAACGACCACAGCCCCCUGCAUGGGACGCCUGUGGCCAUGCCUGGCAUGGGCGCCCGCAGCCUGCGCCGCAGCAGCAUCGGAUCUUUGAGCGGCGGCAGCGGUGGAGGCCCCAGCUCCAUCGUGCGGCCCCUUGAGCUGAGGGCGGCAACUCCGCUGCACAUGGAGAGCUUUGGGGCGCACGGCAGCGAAGUUGGAGCAGAGGGCGAGCAGGACGAGGAGCAGCAGCAGCAGGAGCAGCGACAGUCUGGUGGCGAUGCGGCCCAAGUAGUUACCGCACGCGCCAGCGGCAGGCGCCGCAGCGGAUGGGCCAGGGCGGUGGUGGGGCUGGCAGUUGUGGCGGCGGGCGGGCUGCUGGCGGCAGGCAGGGCAGCGCAGCGCCGCAGCAGGGGGUGA